UUUUCUAGCUUUUGCUUUCUCUUCCCUCCCAAAAUUCACUCUCUCUGACCUAAUUGUCUCUCUCAACUCUCAAGUCUCAACAGAAAAAUAAGAUACAAUCUCUAAAAUCUAAAACUAAGAGAAGAUCCCUCUCUAAAGUCUAAAAUUAGUGGGUCUUUCUCUUUAUCAUCCCUGGCCUAGAUCUAUCUAUCUUCGACUUGUCCAUUUUGGUCUCAGCAUCUAACACAUAUAUACCAAGAUUUUUUGUUUGCUGACUUUGGUUUGAGGGUGAUAAUUAAUAAGAGAUCCUAACUAGUAAGAGAAGAGAAGAGGAGAGGCAAAAGAAGAAGCAGAGAUAUUAAGAUGACUCCAGCAAAUUUGGCGGGGCAGUUCGGUGACACAACAUACACCAAGGUGUUUGUUGGGGGUUUGGCUUGGGAGACACAGAAGGACACUAUGAAGAAAUACUUUGAGCAGUUUGGUGAGAUCUUAGAGGCUGUUGUCAUCACUGAUAAAGCCACUGGUAGAUCCAAGGGCUACGGAUUUGUUACCUUUCGGGAUCCUGAAGCCGCCAUGAAGGCCUGUGUUGAUGCUGCUCCCGUGAUUGAUGGGAGAAGGGCUAAUUGCAAUCUGGCAUCUUUGGGAGUUCAAAGAUCCAAACCUUCAACUCCAAAGCAUGGAGGAGGAGCAGGCAGGAACUUUAGGGUAAUGAGCUCUUUUCAGACGGGGUUCGGAGGUGGAGUGGGAACAGCUUUUCCUUCAGCAGCAUCCUUCCCUCAUUAUGCCAUCCAACAAGGAAUACCUUAUAAUGUUUAUGGGUACUCUCCAUACUCGCCAGACUACAGUUACCCGACGAGCUAUUACAGUGUAUAUGGAGGGGCAACUGCCCAGUAUCCUAUGUAUGGGACCGGGCCUGGAGGAAUGAUGACAGGUGCAGCCACUGCCUUUUACCCAUAUCUUCAAUUUGGAGAAGGGAACGGAGGAGCAGCCACAGGCUACGCAUCUGGGCAAAGCUAUGGUAUUCAAUACCCACACCACAUGUUUCAGUAUUCAGCCAUUAAUUCAACUGGAGGCUACCCCCAGCAAUACGGUGCACCCAUGUCACUUGCUCCAACUGCAGCAUUGCAAUCAGUGUGUUUUGCUGUGCCACAGGCGUGACCGUGGCUCUUCCUGCUCCACCAAUUCCUCAUCGCUAAAGCCACUUGGCCCCACUUGUAUGCUUCUCAUAUAGUAGCUUCUUUUGAGGUCUCAGUCUAAGCAACCUUUGGCCUAACCAUGGUUCUCUCUUCCUAACAUAUAUAAGCCCUCCAUAGGGGUUGGUUACACCACUAGUCACUCCAAGAAUUGGAGUCAUGCAUCUUAAUUUUUCCGUUGCAUAUCUCUUUUGAAAGAAAGGGUUCCUCUUUGAAGAGAACAAAAUCAUCUUGUAUGUAUUCACCAAUGCAAGCUGUGGGAUUAUAGCUUUGUUGGCGACACUUUUUCUAUCAUUAGCCCGGAAAAGGGCUAAUCGAAGCAAAAUAACCAUUUUGUAAAUUUUUAGCCUAGGGAAGGCUAAUCCACUUGAAAAAUGGUUUUGCAAACAUUUUGUAUAUUCAACACCCUGAAAUAUAUAGCAAGUCCUUUGGUUUUCACAAACCAGCUUUUUAAUGUCUAAUCCCUCCAAUAAUUAAUAUAAUCAUAGAUGAUGACCUCUAUAUCUAGAUUAAGAGGCAAUUUCAUUUCCAA